GAAGAAGGAAGAAACCUGGAAAACUACACUGUCCAAGGUCUCCUUGAUGAGCUCAGAACCUAUGAGCACGAGCUGAAGAAGAAGAAGGAAGAACAAGUCACUCCCUUCCCCACGGCACUGAUGACAACUCCAAAAGUCCCAUCAAGUGAAGGGACAUGCCCAAGGAACUGUGACAUACCCUCCUCCAGCCAGCCGUCAAGCUCAAAAAUGGAGAACUACGAUGAGGAAUUCGCCAUGAUGGUCAAGCAAUUCCGGAAGUUCAAGAAGUUCUUCAAGAAGGCUGACUCAGUCAGAAGGGCAUCCAAGGGAAAGCCACAGGUAAGUGACUCCCCUCCUGAAUCUUAUCUGUGUUAUAACUGCAGGAAGCCUGGCCACUGGAAGUCAGCAUGCCCGUACCCAAAGGUGGAGAAGUACGGAGAAAGAGAAAGGAACGAGAAGAAAAAGAAGGCAAUGGUUGCUGCUGAAAGUGACGAGUCAACCAGCUCAAGCUCAGAUGAAGAAGCUCUCGUCUGCAUGGAGCGCAGAGUUGAGAAGUCCAACCAUGAGGAUAGAUGGACUAUGUCAGAAGAUGACACUCUCUGCCUAAUGGCCAAAGAUGAUGCUGAUCAAGAGGUAACUUCACAAACCUCCUGCUCAUCUUCUUAUGAAAGCAUAUCAACUUCUGAAAAUCUUUUUGACCAAUUCAAAAAGAUGAUGGUAGAUUUUGAGGAAAUAAAUCUCAAACAUUCAUCCUUAACAGAGGAGAACAAACUACUGAGUGAAGAGAAUCUCAAGUUGACUGAAGGUCGGAAAAGUCAACUGAAUGAGAUCACUCAACUCAAGACUGAAAACGAAUCUCUCUCUGAAAAGGUGAAAUCCCUUAACAAAGAGCUAGGGAUACUUAAGUCUAAAGAGGCAGUGGAUAAGCUUCUUGAAACGACCAAACAUAAGGGUCGUGAAGGACUUGGGUUUGACCCCUCUAGUUCCAAAAGGAAAGGGAGAACAACUUUCAUCCCUCCUAAACCUACUGCUAAACCAAAUAAGCAGAAAGGAAAGGAAAAGGAGAAACCAACAGAAGUUCCCAAAAAGGUUGUCGGAGCAAAUGUCCAUUUCCAGAAGUUAGAAGCCAAGUGCUCUUCAACGACAUUCUUUCAAAACUAUCUGGAGAUGAUAGCCGCUCAAGAUCUCUCCGAAUUUCUUCGAAUGGAGAUUCGCCUCAAAUUUGAGGAAGAAGUUCUUGAAUUAUUCAGAAAUGGGGAAGUCAAGACUGCUCAUUCAAAGAAGGAUCCACAAAGGACGUUUCUAGUCAUCAAGUCCACUGUUGGAGGCACAAAAGUGAAGCUUUCGCAGAAGAAAUUGGGAGAAAAGCUUCGCAUUCCCAAUUCUGGAGCUGAAGUUGGGAAAUUUCCAGUCAAAAAUCUGGACUGGAACAUCAUUGGAAUCUCUGGGCAAGUUCCUUCUGGCCCAGCGAAGAAAGCAGAUCUAAACAACGAUUACAAGUUGGUUUUAAAACUGGUCAUCGCUUGCCUCGAGUGUGGAAGUGGAGGUCACGCUGAUGACAUCACCCAGGAGAGAGCCUUCAUUAUCAACGCUCUAAUUUCCAAAUCAAAGGUAAACUGGGCUGCACACUUUUUCAAUUCCAUCUCAAAGCAUUUGGGAAAGCCCAACCAGAAAUAUCUCUGUCAAGGACUUUACGUUGGACACAUUUUGGAGUCGAUGGGUGUUGCUUCUAAAGGAAAGAAGUAUGAAGAAAGAUAUUGGUUAUACUAUCUGUCUUCAAAAGGGGAAAACAGAGCUGGUGCUAGUGCCACUGCAGAAGAAAGUUCUUCAGAUAACAUCCCACUCAUCCAUAUGACGAAGACUGCCAAAAGGAAGAAAGUGGUGUCUCCCUCCAUUGAAGCACCACAGAACCUUGCCUUGAUCUGUUUGGAAGAAGAAGAAGAAGUCUCUGACCAUGGAGAACUUCAAAAGAAGAAGAAGAGGAAGUUCAACUCUCCAUCAACAUCUAGAAAUGUCAAUCCGGAUGAGUUGAAGGAGAAGGAACCUGAUGAGGAAACCUCUGCCCAAAACUGGAGCCCUCAACAACUUGAAGAAGAAACUCCUCAAGCCCAAAGCCUUCCAGCCUCAUCUCAGCCUCAAACAGAUGAUGCUGAAAACAAAUUCUGGCAGCUCUACUAUAAUUGGAGAGCUUGGAAAGUUGGAAAUUCAGAAGAACAACUGUUGGAUUGGGAUCAACAACUGAAAAGUGAGAAGAUCAUCAAGAAAUGCCUAGGACUACCAGUCAACCACGGCUGUGAAGACAUGUUGGAUGACUACUGGGUAUGGCAAAGGAACCCUGAAGACCUACAUAUGGAAUAUCUGGUAAACACACCAGUUUUAGACUGUGAAGUAGAUGAUGAAGACACUGCAGUCUUCAAGCCAGUCCUCUCAAAAGCUACAGAAGAUCAAGUGGCUCUCACUUCUGAAGCACAUGCUACUUUGGAAGCAACAGCUGAGGAUUUCCAAACAUUUCCAGAAACCUCACCUGCCUUCGAAACGGAAACCUCACCUGCAUUUCAAGAAACUUCACAUGCUUCUGAAAUGGUUCUGACUGAAGUUGUACAAGAGAAGGCAACCUCUCCCCCACAAGGACAGAACCAGGAAACAUCAGCAGAAGAAGAAAUUCAGCAACUAAUCCAAUCUCAAGGUUUAGAGAUUCUCACAACUCCUGGUGAGAUCUCCAAUCAUAUUGAAACUGAGAUCCCGGAGAAGAUAGCAGAAAUUCCAAAACAGUCAGCUCUUCCAGAAACAAUAGAGCAAGCUGUUGAAGUGCAAAGGAACUCUGGAGAAGCUGAAAAGGAAACUCAAAUGGCAGAAGUGGAGGUCUGUCAAACUCCAGUAGCCAUUCUUGAAGAACAGAAUGCAGAAGAAGAAAAAGACUCCCUCUCUAGGGAUAUAUCAAAUUUUGCGCUUGAUGAAGCAGAAGGUGAAUCUGAAAGAACAUUAAAGGUCACUGAUGAAGAAGAUGUACAAGAAGAUGCUGAAUCUCUUCCUUUGCAACUCUUCCAAAGAACAUCAUCUCCUCAUCAGGUAACAAAUUUUCAUUUCCAUAGCUCUUCCACUCCUACCCUUCCGGAUGAGAUACCGGAAAUCUGGACAAAGAAGGUCCAAGGGCUGAUUGAGUCAGCCCUAGCAUCUCAACAUGCCUCCUUUAGGCAAGAGAUAGAGCAAAUGGAAGCCAAGUACACUCAACUGCUAGAGAAAUCAGAAGAAAAACACAGCGCAGAUCUCAAAGAAAUAGGUAAAUCAGUAGACAAGACUCUAGAGAUCAUCUCUCUAUUGAGUGACACUGUGAGCAACACUAUGGAAGUAUAUGCCUCUGAUAGUCAACUUCAAUUCAAAGAAUUCAACAAAGUCAAAGAGCAUAUAGCGAGUGUCACAGUUGGUCUACAAAAACAAAUGUCCCUUCUUCAACUGGACAUCAGAUCAGCCCUACCAGUAGCUUCGGCAAAUCAGGUAGUAAUCAAAGACUACUUGAAGGUGAUAAUUGACAAUCAGAAGGAAGCAUACAAGCUGUUCAGACUUAUUGGCGCAAAUUCUGGGAACCGCAAGAUGGAAGUGAUUCUCCAACAGCACAGCCCAUCUCUAAUACCACAGCUCCCUAUUGCAGUCAAAGAAGGAGAAGCAUCUUAUAUCCCUACUCAUCUGAACAUGACAAAUCUAAUCAUUAAAGCACAGCAAAGAAAUCCGGAAAACUCAGCCCAGCAUCUAUCCAGCUCAGGACUGGAUGGAACAGAAUUUAUAGGUGCAGUUGUUGACCACUUCUCAAAUGAUGCUCAAUCAGAGGAAAGGCGUGAAAAUUUAAGGCGCAUCAAAGAACUCUGUGGAAACAUGCAGGGCAUCAGUGGGGUUGCCGGAUCUUCAAAACGCAAGAGAAAUUGAACGUUCUUUUCAUCAAACCAGGGGGAAAGUUUUGAUAAUGCCAAACCGCCGUGAACGAGACAAGUUAUUGAAUAUACAAGGAGAGAAAUAAAUAUAAGAAGAAAUCAAGAGAACAAGACCCAAAAUAAGACCAAGAACAAAGACCGUAGUCUUAGUGUUGUUGAGUCGGUCAUAAUUGUGAUCAAGACCGACCCAACCUUUACACCUUGGCUCUUUAGGCUAAAAUUCUUUUCAUUGCAUUUCACACAUCAUAAAAAUGUUUUUCAAACAUGUUUAAAACAUUAAAAACACUUGGUGUUC